AUGACCAACCCAUCGGAUCCUCAACCCAGCCCUGCUCCCAGCCCUCCGCCCAGUCUUCCGCCCAGCCCUCCGACCCACCCCCGCGUCGUCCGCCCGGGCCUCCUUCAAGCAUACCUCAGCAUGCUGCCCAUCAUCCACGACUGUCUCGAGCGCAAGUACACACACGACGCCGACAACGAGACCCUGACGCUGCGCUACGCCGCUGAGGAGCUGCUGUUGGGCAACGACGCCAAGGCCUACGGCGUGCUGCGUGCCCACGAGUGCCCCUUCCCUCUGCCCGAGGAUGGCUUCCCCGGCCGUCUGGAUGCCACGCUGUUCAGCGAGCACGGGCUCCCCAAGGACGUGGCCCGCAUCGUCGACAGCCGCAACCGCAACGAGAUGGGCGAGCUGCGCGCCUUUGAGACGGCCGUCAUGUACAACGGCUACGCCGUCCGGCCCACCAUGACGCCCGAGGCCAGGCUGCUGCUCGACAUGCGUGUAGCCUCGCACGCCCUCGUCGUCGCCCUGCUAAAGGCCCGCCUGCUGCUGGAGCUGCGCUGCCUCGCGGAGCUGAGUUCGGCGCUGCACCACCGCGGGCUCCCGCCUGAGGUCGUGGAGAUGAUCGCGCUGCAAAUGCGGCACUGGGAGGGCCACGAGGUCGGGAGCCUUGUGUUUAGCCAUGCCGGGCAGCCUUGUGGUGCGACGGCAGAGGGUCGGAAGAAGCUGCGGCAUGUGGUUGCCAACGUGCACACAUAUAUCCAAGAGCAGGAGGAGGGCAUCCGUGACCUCACCCGCCUCCCCGCGGCAGAGCCGAUCGCUCAGUCGUACUUUUUGAUUACAAGCGUCGACGCCAUGGGUAGCACCGCCUCGGUUGGACGCUGGUUUGGUGUGCUCAGAGAGGAUAUCAUAUGGCGCGACUGUUGUCCCGCCGUCCAUAUGGCCUGGCAUAUGAAUCCGGACGCCAGAAACUACAGCGGCCAAACGUCUAGCUCCUCUGCCGAGUGGUCGAUAAAAACCUCGGCGGUCGAGUGUGACAGCGAUGAGUCCUGCGCCAAAAAGCCAAAAGAAUGGUUCAUGCUCGUCGAGGAAUCAGUGCUUGAGGCGGCUCAAGGCCUCGAAGGGAACUCAGCGGAAGGUUCCAAGGCCAACCUGGAAACCACCCAGUUAUAG